AUGAGCCAGUCACCUGCUCCCUCUAUGCCGCCUAUGAAUCCGGCAGUCGGCCCUCCAAGCGCUAUCGACUCACCGGCCUUUGGACCCUUGGAAUCCUUCUCACCUUCUCCUGGUGAGCAAGAUCUGGCCACGAGAACAGAUUCGUGGGCACGAGCUAUACCAUUUGGGAAAAGUCCGCCAAAUGAUCCCGCAGAUGGAGUUGAAUUUGCGGAAUCCCCUCCAGCUUUCACUUUACCCUCUCGAGGAGACGCUUACCGUCAAGCUUCUCCCUCAACAUCUCCUCCACAGGCUCGACUUCGACCACCAGGUUUUGCAGAUGCAACGCCAGCUUCCACGCCGCCCAACAGCCUUCCUCGGGAUAGGCAGCAACGUUAUUCUAUCAGCAGUCAUCGUAGCAAUAGGAUGAGUUUUCCGCCCCCACCUCACCUCCCACAGGCGCAUUUCUAUUCUGCACCGGACUUUGAUAUUCCUGGAGUGUUCCAAUCAGGUUCCAAGCACCAUCAGCAACCUGGGCAUUCAUUUUGUGCCGUUGAGCCUCUUCCCGGUAGCUCCUACAAGGCUGCCAAGACCGGAGGCAAUGUGAUCCUUGUGGGUCGAGACGGUGAGCUGGACGUUUUAGGAAUCGAAAAUUCACGAACGAAAAUAAUAGGAUCUAUUCAAGGACUGAAUGGAAGGGUUAUCGAUGCUAAACUCUUAACAUGGACCUCUGGAGCUGAUCCUUUUGCGUCGAUACGGCCGUUAGUUGCUCUUAGCAUCCAUGGGAUAGUUCCGAAGGAAGAAAAUAUCGCCUUACCGGCUUCCUCUACCGAGCCAGAGCAGUUGGAUUUCCUAACCGGCUCGUCUCCAAAGCAAACAACAAAUGCAAGACCAGACAUUCCCCUAGCGCAGACGAGAGUACAGAUCUACUCUCUUAAGACUAGGGAUCUCGUUUCAACCUUAUUCGCUACUAAGCCUGUUCCGUGUGUCGACACCUUUCCUGGAGUUGCUCCAUAUGUACCUCCACCUACAGCCAACCUCAGAAUCCUUGCCAGCGGUAAUUUGGUUAUUGUGGCAUCUGGUACAAGCGGCGAAGUUAUGGUAUUUGGUGUUGCCCGUCCUCCUUCGCAGCCUAUUUACCAGUGUAUCGGAAAAAUGUGGACGAAUGUACAGCCAAAGGACACCCGAAGGUAUUCCAGUUCUUCUGCCUCUACUGAUACAGACGACCCACAGGCAGAGGCUUCGCGUACGGCUAAAGUUACGGAAAUACCUGUUCUUUCCGUCAGCGGGCGUUGGCUUGCUGUAAUCAGCCCAAAUCCAAACCGAGUUUCACUUCAGGGUGCAGUUCCACCCCAUAUCACACCUAGAAAAAUAUAUGGGGUUGAUGCCCAUACGCCUCCAUCCCGACCUUCCGUUACGUGUGGUGUAGACUCUGGCGAGGGUGAAAGUUUCCUAAACAAAGUUGCAAGAGGCGUGACCCAAGAAGUAUUUAAAGGAGCACGAUGGAUUGGAGACCAGGGUCUUCAAACUUGGAACAAUUAUUGGAACAAGGAUUCUCAGACUGGUAACUCUACCCCAUUACGCCGACCACAGUCCAUGGACCAGCAUAGCUUUUCAGCGGAUAUCUUACCUCCAACACACGCCAAAGAGACUCAAACUCCUCCAUCGAACGAGCCAGACCUUGUCUCCAUCUUUGACCUAAAGCUACUUGAAGAUUUUCAAGAUGGGAAAUCCUCAAACCCACACCCAAUAGCUACUUUCCAGCCUCCUCAUGGAUGCAGUUUUCUUUCUUUAUCGCCAAAUGGACUCAUGCUACUCACCGCAAGCAAAAAGGGUGAUAUACAAAGCAUCUGGGACCUGAUGCAGAUUCGCCAUUGUCGAUCUCGCGCUUUCCUUGCCGAAGAUCCAUCUUCUACUACCAAGUCCAACCCCCCUGCUACUCAUGUCCGACAGGUCGCUCGGUAUGCAAGGCUGACCACAUCAACUAUACGAGAUGUCAUAUGGACAGCACCCAACGGCGAGCAUGUUGCCAUUAUAACCAAGAAGGGAACAACUCAUGUCUAUGAAGUUCCGCCUGCUGCGUUCAGAUGGCCGCCACUACGGCGGUCAACUGCUGUCGCACCCACAACGAAUGCCGAAUCUUAUAUACGUGACGAAGGAACUGACGAUGGCCCUCGCAAUGCCUUUUCGAGUGCCAUGAAGUUGGUAGGUGAAACCACACAGCCGUUCUUAGCGGCUAUGCGUGGUCGAGCUCCUAGUGUUGGUGCAGCAUUUGCUGUAACCAAGGGAUUUGCAAUUCCGUCCGCUGGUGGUAAAGUUGUGGCGGCAGGCUUAAGCAAAUCAGUGGGUGCUGCCACAGAAACCAUGAAUAACCUCCGAUAUGUGGGUGAAAACAGGCUUCAUCCAUCCAAUUUUGCGAAAGAUAGCAUAGGUGCAAAGGCCGUUUGGAUUGGUGAUGAACAUGGUGAUGAACUAUCCGUCGGCAUCAUGGAUGGUGGAUCGUUCAAAGUAUACCAGGUCGGCAAAAGCUCUGCCCCGCCAAAGCACAGGAAGCGAACUCAACCAUUUUUUGGAGGCAAGAUACUAGAAGCACGCCUCCCUGCCGAAAUGCAAAACCCCUAUACCCAUGAACAAACUAUUAUCCGAGGCCCUGACGCCAUCACCGGUUCCUGGUCUGGCCCUACACACCAUCGCCCUGGAGGUAGUUCAAAGAUCAAGUCACCACCCUUGGCCCAAGCUGAGAUCGAGACACAUGCUCCGUAUCAACCGUUCCACACCGACCGCCGUGUAAGCCUGAUGGUUUACUCAUCGAAGUACAGCGGAUCCUCCAAUUCACAGCCGUGGGUAUUUGGAAAUGCCAUUCCGACCCAUAAGAUCCAUUUACGCAAUGUCACUCAGAGCGAUACUGAAGAUGGGCCCGAUUCCGAAGGCAUAGCCAAGUCUCGCGAGAUGGAGAACCUUAUCAGCCUAGGAGGUGAACAUGUCAUAAUAACCACACGUCGCAAACGCGGACGAGGUCAGAGUGGGGAUGACACUGUUGAGGAUGGGUUUUUCGAGGAUGAUUGUGAUGUCCUUGACUUCGCGAGGGAUCGUGUUUGA